AUGGCGGUCGCAGACGACAGUCCCUCCGACGUGGCAAGGUGUGUCCCGAGACACCUUCAGCAGCAUGGGAGUGUGCACAUCACCGCUCUGGGCACGGCGCUGAGCUCCCUAGUCACCCUGUCGGAGGUGCUCAAGAACAGCAAGCUUGUGGAUGAGGUGAAGCUCACCACUUGUCUGGAGCACUUUAAGGACGAGUUCAGGUAUGGCUGA